UAUUUUUCAAAAAAAAAGGAGGAAUGGCAAAUGUUCAGAUAAUUUAUUUUUAACUUCAACUAUUUAUUACAAAAUGUAAUCACUUCCAGUUUAAAGAGUUAAAUUAACUGUUUGACUUCCACUUUCAGUUGUAUUUUGUCUGAAUAACAGGAACAAACAUUGUAAACAUUUCAGCUCAGUGUCUGUUUCUUUUCCAUCUGUCUCAAUAACUAAAAUUAAAUUUAAAAAAAGUUGUACUCUGAAACAAAGCUGCAUCAUUAGUGGAAAAAAUAACAAGUUUAUCAUGAUUAAAUCAGCACCAAGGACAGGUUCUUAAUUGAACGCCUCAGUGAGAGUUUCGUUCUAAGUCUUGUUUCCUGAUGAAGAGGAGGGUGAAGAAGGGCUCCACAUGUUCAGCAUCACAUCCUGUCUGACCUGACAGGGUGGAGGAGGGACUCAGUUCUGGGAGGCAUGCCGUGGAAAAGUGUUGGAUUAUAGUCGGUUUGGAGCAGAUUAGGAGGAGGACGGCGCGUGAAGGAGCCCCCCUUCAUGGGAUUAUUUGGACCCUUUUCAUGUGAUGCUCCGGAGGAACUUCGGCUGAACGAUGUCUGCGCUGCUUCUCGGAGCCUCCCUGCGUCUGAAGUAUCUGUUUUUACAGGCCACCUCGUCUCAUUCCCCCGCUUCCAAUAUUUAUAUCCUAGCUGGGUUUAAAUGCUGGAGGAACCGUAAUAAUURGUUAUUUUGGACCGGAUGUAGUUCGGGUUGUGGCGAAGAUGCGUAACGCGGCGCGCGGACUGGAUCUCCUCUCCGAUUAGGCAGCGAGCAGAACCAGAAUAUGCAGUCCGAGCCGGAGGUGAAGAAGGAGUCCGGGGAGUGCAGCCCCGCGGAGGCCUCCUGUCUCUGCUCCCCUCCUGGAGCCGCCAAGAACCAGUGCGCGAGCUGCGGCCUGCAGAUCCAAGACCGGUACCUGCUGAAGUAGGUUUGGGACUAAAUGUGCCCAGUGCGGCCGGCAGGUGUACGCCAGCGACUGGGUGAGGCGGGCRCGGGGCAGCGUGUACCACCUGGCCUGCUUCGCCUGCUACUCCUGCAAGAGGCAGCUGUCCACCGGGGAGGAGUUCGGCCUGGUGGAGGGCCGGGUGCUCUGCCGGAGCCACUACAACAUCAUGCUGGACAACCUGCGCAGGGCUGCAGAGAACGGUACAGGACUGACUCUGGAGGGAGCGCUGCCCUCCGAUCAGGACUGCCAACCAAAACCAGCCAAGAGGGCGAGGACGUCGUUCACCGCCGAGCAGCUGCAGGUGUGUGUGUGUGUGUGUGUGUGUGUGUGUGUGUGUCUCAUCCCUUCUCCGUUCUCYCCGCCCCGGGCCACCUGACUCAUCCGUCCCUCUCUCUACCCCAGCUUCCCAUCAGCCGCUGACCCAUCGGGUCGGCCCGGCCCGGGUCAGCACKCCCGGAGAUAAAAAGAAAUCAUCCUGUGGGACGUGGCGUCGACAGCAUCAGGACCUCAUUCUCAGUUUGAUUUUUCAUUUCGAGCGCUGAACUGUGUUGAUGCAGGAGUUAAUGUUUUAUAUUGUCUUUAAGUGAUGCAUCAAAAACCUCGUUUGCUUUAUUUUGCCUUUUUGCAGGAUUGAAAUCAUUGCAGAAUUGUUUCUUUCCAUGUAUUUUAUUUGCUGCAGUCUAAAAAACAGGAGUGUUGUAGCGUUACUGCAGAAAAGCCUCAGUAUUUUUAUUUGAUUUGGUUCAUUUUGAGUCAGUAUUAAGCACAUUUUGCAGCUUUACUGUUUGUUGUUGUCAGAAAAUGAAAACUCUUAUUUAUUCAGAGCUAAACUUCUUUUUAAAGCGCACUUUUAAAUGUGUCUUGAUAUGAAAAAAAAAGUGAUUGUACAAUGUAAAUACUGCUACGGUUUAAUAAAGCGUAUCAGAUCUGUUUUCAGCCUAA